GGGCGAUGAGAGAACAAGCUAAAGAAGUGCUCAGAGACCACGGCAGCAGGAGAGGCUGAAAGAGGGAUAGAGACUGAAGGAGAGGGGUGCCACAGUGAGUUGACAGAGGCACGUGAUGGGAUAAAAGAGAAGGAGAAAGAAGAAACUUGAGAGUUUUUAAAUCCAACGAAGAGCUGGCAGGAGCGACUGACCGGACAGAAGCAAAGAGAAUACGUACAUGCACACAGCUACAUGCAUAUUCAUUUACUCUGAACAAGUGACAACAGCAGCUGUCACGGUUGAGAAGAGAGAUUUGGCCAGAAUGAAUCCAGACACACAGUGUGAGGACAUGCUGUCCACCAUGGUCUUGGAGAACAUCAAAAACAAACUCUUGCAUGCGUUUAGGGCAACAGGAGAGGCGCGGACUGUCCCGGACUGCUCAGGUGCCUCUCCCACCUGCGUUGGGAGAAGUUUUCAAGCCAAUGAAGAGCUGAGAAGAGCAAAAAUUGACGGAGCAAUUUCUUGGAUACGAUCUGAGCUGCUGGAGAUGCGCUCGCAGGACCGGCAGCUGGCCCAGACGCUGCUGGGGCUCAACAGCGAGAUCCAGAGGCUGAGGAGGGAGAGCAGCGCCGCCGCCGCCACUGCACCAGACCCAGAGGGUGGCCAGAACCAGAGCCACUGACCCACUCACCCGCGCAGGGCUUUCCCCUACUCAGAAAACAGAGAGGACGAUUGGGAAUAGCAGACUUAGGAUUUGGUGAAGGCAUUGGAUACAGAGAGGGUAUGUGUGUGUGUGUGUGUGUGUGUGUGUGUGUUUGUGUUUGUGUGGUGUGUGUGUGUGUGUGU